AUGAAGACUGUCGAGUGCCCCUUCCAAUCACCCCUCUCCUCCCUGCUCCACAGAGCCAUUCUGGAAGCUCCAGUGACAGAGCCCAGGUUUCUGGAACAGCUGCAGGAACUGGACGCCAAGGCAGCUGCGGUCAGAGAGCAGGAGGCCAGAGGCACAGCGGCCUGCGCAGACGUCAGAGGCGUGCUGGACCGGCUCCGGGUCAAGGCGGUGACGAAGAUCCGAGAGUUCAUCCUCCAGAAGAUUUAUUCAUUCAGAAAGCCGAUGACCAACUAUCAGAUCCCCCAGACGGCCCUGCUGAAGUACAGGUUCUUCUGUCAGUUCCUGUUGUGGACGACACAGCAAAGAAAGAUAUCCUGGACCAGGGAGCCUCGUCAAAGUGUCUGCAAGCAGAGCCCAGACUGGGUGAGCACCGUGUGGGAUGAUACUGUCCACUCUGUGCAGAUCAUAAUCCCGAGAGUCAAACUCCUGAGUGCUACAAACUCCAACACUGAAAUCCAGGAAGACUGCUAG